AUGACAGACAAGGUCUCUGACAACGUUGAUGCUCACCGCGAGCUGCUCCUCAGCCUCCAGGCGGUGGAAUAUGCGCCCGCCACUCUCGCCGAAAUCGAGAAGCAGCUGGAAACGAGCAAGACUGAGGUAGCCGAAGAGAAGCGGAACAUCGCCGCCCUCGAGGCGAGCACCAAGAAGGCGUUCAAGGACUGGCGGGACACCCAGCAACGCACCCACAAGCGCGUCUGGACCAAGAUCAUACACCCCAACUCGCACAAGGAACGUCUAACCGCCCUUGAGAACAAGGAGGAGCGCGAGUAUGUCGACGCCCUAGCGAAGGAACAGGGUACCAAAGCUCGGAUCGAGGAGCUCGAGACCCAAGUCUUAGACCUGUCUACCCAAGUCUCGGACCUGAAACCAUUUGUGACCAAACACACCCACCUCACCAGCCAACUGGAGCAGCUGUAUUCUCGCGUAUUCGACGGCCCAACUCCCGACUAUCCCGAAGAGGAUGAGGCCGAGAAAACGUACCAGGAGGCUAUUGAGCGGUUUGACAGUCUACAGGGCAAGAUUACGAAUGAGACACGUGCACAAGAGCUACUUGGGACCGCGUCUGUGCGGCUACGUAAGGCCCAGGAAGCGAGUCACAAUGCGGAAAAGUAUUCGCAGCGGGAUAUGUUUGGUGGUGGAAUCAUGUCGGAUUUGAUGGAAAGGUCGGAGCUUGACGACGCCCAGCGAUGGGCCGACAAGGCUCACAUGCUGGUCAUGCAGGCGCAGCAACUCCAACCAGCCAUUGGAAGCUUUGGACGUACCCAGAUGCCGCAGGGCAACAUGUCCGACAUCUUCUUCGAUAAUCCAUUCACCGACUAUGCGUUCCACAAGAAGAUCAAGACUGCAGUUGGCGACCUCCAGAGGGCGUCACUGCAGCUCGCCGACGUGACCCGCCGGGGCCAGGCUCGUCUCGACAGCCUGCUCCAAGAGGGACAGGAGGCCGCAAUGUUCCUCGAGAGUUCGUGCAGUGGGCUCAGGCAGACGCGUAGGGAGAUCAUGGAGCGCGCGGGCGGUAUCGCGCCCCCGACUUAUGCGCCCAAGGACGACGUGCCGGCGUACAAUUCAUAG